GUGCCGAGCCCGGUGUCCGGCGGCGGGCGCGAGGGGUCCCCGUUCCCGGGCCCGCGGAGGUGGAGGGCUGGAGGUGCCGGGGCCCGAGGAGGCCGCGAUGAGGCGCGGCAGCGAGGACGAGGCGGCGCCCGCGGGGGACCCCUGGGCGGAGUGCUUCGAGGCGGCCGUGCAGCUGGCCCUGCGCGCGGGACAGAUCAUCAGGAAGGCACUAACGGAGGAAAAGCGUGUGUCCACAAAGACCUCAGCUGCUGAUCUGGUGACAGAAACAGACCACCUAGUGGAAGACCUAAUCAUUUCAGAGUUGCGAAAGCGCUUUCCAUCGCACAGGUUCAUUGCAGAGGAGGCUGCAGCCUCUGGGGCCAAGUGCGUGCUCACCCACAGUCCAACCUGGAUCAUUGAUCCCAUCGAUGGCACCUGUAACUUCGUGCACAGAUUCCCCACCGUGGCUGUCAGCAUUGGAUUCGCUGUGCACCAAGAGCUGGAAUUCGGGGUGAUUUACCACUGCACCGAGGAGCGGCUGUACACAGGCCAGAGGGGCCGGGGCGCCUUCUGCAACGGUCAGCGGCUGCAGGUGUCCGGAGAGACAGAUCUCUCCAAGGCUUUGGUUCUGACAGAGAUCGGCCCCCGGCGGGACCCUGCCACCCUGAAGCUGUUCCUGAGCAAUAUGGAGCGGCUGCUGCACGCCAGGGCCCACGGGGUCCGAGUAAUCGGAAGCUCCACCUUGGCACUCUGCCACCUGGCCGCUGGGGCUGCUGAUGCUUAUUACCAGUUUGGCCUGCACUGCUGGGACCUGGCUGCCGCCACAGUCAUCAUCAGGGAAGCAGGUGGCAUCGUAAUGGACACUUCAGGUGGACCUCUUGACCUCAUGUCCUGCAGAGUGGUCGCUGCCGGCACCCGGGAGAUGGCAACGCUUAUAGCUCAGGCCUUACAGACUAUCCACUAUGGGCGAGACGAUGAGAAGUGACAGGUCACCUCCAACACGGAGCAGCAUGGCUGGAGGAUGAGGACAUGGCCUUCUGGGGGCUACAGGGCUCUGGGGACAGGGCCUGGUGGCCUGGGCUCUGGCCAGGCGUCUCAUCUACUGACCCUGGCUUCUCCCACUUAUGUCUUUUGUCACUGGGGUCUGGUGGUUGGCCAGGUCCUCACUCUGAUCUGACACAGCAGCCAUCUUCAGGUCGGUCCCCGUCCUCCUGUCCCUCACAGGGGACGUACAGUGGCCUCACCGCGCUCAUUUCCCCCCCAAGGCACAUCUCAGGUAAUAACGCUUUGGAACUGCUGGUAAAGCUGUCUUCUCAGGCCUUCCCCGGGUGCUUCGGAUUGCAAUAAACAGACACAAAAGCA